UAGUCGCUCUUGUUUCGGAAGAUAAAAAGAUGGACCAAAAUUCCCAGGUGGCGAUGUGAUCAAGAGGAAAAACCAAAGAAGACGACGUGGACAACAUGGUCUGAAGGAGAGAAAGAAAUUGUAUAGAAACAGAAGGAAAGAAAUGUGGACUCAAAGGAAGGAUUCUACAGGAGGAGAUGUAGGAGCCACUCUGUCUGGAGAAACAUGUUUCAAAGAAGAGCCUAUAUCAGCUGACGCAUGCGGGAGACCAUCAGAAGACACUGAACAGAACAACACUGAAGAAGAAACUGCUAUAUCAGCUGACACAGGCGGGAGACCAUCAGAAGAAUCUGAACAGAGCAACACUAAAGAAGAAACUGUUAUAUCAGCUGACGCAUGCGGGAAACCAUCAGAAGACACUGAACAGAACAACACUGAAGAAGAAACUGCUAAAAUGGAAAUUCCUGAAGUUCUUACCAUACGUGAUUUCAAAUUACAUGUUAAGAGAAAGGUUGGAGCAAAAAACGAAGGCAAAAGAGUUGAUGCGGGUAGGCCUGUCCAAUCACGUUCACAUUUGACUCCAAAAAAGAGGAAAUUGGAAGAGAGGUACACCUUAGAGGAAGCAGCAUAUGAAAUUAUUAGAAGAGAGUAUGCUCGAGUGAAAUCUGAUGAAUAUUCACACUUUGGCAGAUUAAUUGCACAGAAAUUGAGGCGGCUCAGGUCUGAAAGGUUAAAAAAGGUGGCACAAGUGGAGCUCCUAAGGAAAUUAUUAGAAAUUGAGAGAGAGGACAUGGAGGAAGACAAUUAUUAAUGUGGACAAUACUUCCUUUACUGUAAUGAUAGACUGUGUGUUGUAUGAGGUAUCCUAAUUUAUUUUAUUUUUUAUGUUUAUAAAAAAAUGUGUAUGUGUAUAUGUUGUUGAAAUAAUGUUUUUAUAAAAUUAA